GUCGUCGUGGUCGCUAGUCGGGCGCGUCGAGGGCUGAUUUGUUGUUCCUGACUAUGCCGGCAGGCGGACCACGCUCCACUCAACCAGGUGUCCCUGCCAGCUCACACUCCCCGCCCAACCACCUGCCACCGCCUUUUUGACGACCCCAUUCCCUGUUUCUCCUACAAACACACUUCCUCCGGAUCCGCACGCGCAUGUGAUGUUCUACUUUGCGCGCAUCCUUCACUUCUCCCCCCAGGCAUCGUGGACGGAUUUCUCUCUCCAGGCCGUCGACGUCAACGGCGCUCGGACGCACCGUUUUCGAUACCCCUGCGCAAAAUCUAAGAUUGCACAUGCGAACGCCAAUAUCUCGCAAUCUUAAGCCCAAAACGAACAUGACAGUCUUGGCAUCUGCCUCCGUGAUGAAUUCGCGCUGACUUCGACACAUUCGGUCACGAGAAGGCGAAGAGGGUGAGUAUAUAGAAUGCAUGUCUGUGGCUGUCAGAUUACGAAGAUGCGCAUCACUCGUCCGAUACGGAACUCUUCUCAUUUCCAGGAUUCGGUAUCUGCUCCAGUUCUCAAUAUCCGCCGCCGCCUCCACACCCCAGCGGCUUCCACCAAAGACCACGUCCCCUCAGCCCCAAGACCAACCCAACAAGCCGAGAACCCAUCGCUUCCCUCCUUCAACCUCUUUAAGCUGGUCCACGAAGCCAAGCCAGCAGUACGGUACACCGUCUACGCCGGUCUCGGCUUGAUGGCCACGGUCGAGACGACCUUCUGGUUCCACGUGUUGCGAGCCAAGUCCUUCCCGCGGGCGUCAGCAGAGGAACAGGAGAAGGCUGAUGCGCUACUCCAACGCCUGAACGAGGCAAUGAAGAACUAUCGUCAUGUCUAUAUGGCGAACUACGGCAGGUACUACGGUGCACAUGUGUGGGGAUUGGGUUAUGGUGGGCUUGAUGGACUGGAGACAUAACGGGUGUUGGACUUGGCUUCAUGCAUAUCACAGACUGCAUCGUGCAUAACGAGGCGCGGUUUAUCAGCAAGUCUUUCGUGCCUCGCGUUUGCCAUUACCGCGCGGCUUACAGAAGCUGUGAAUUAAAGUUAACCUUGGCUACUGCUAGUAUAAUUCUUUUAUACCAUUAGCUGAAAGUACAUACAUAUGCAAUCUUUACUCCCUUCAUUUCCACUACAGCCGUCGAACGCAGACAUGCCGACUCAAGAAGUACGAUGAUGAG